UGUAACAACGAACCCUUCUCCAAUCUCCACCCACACUGACGUUUAUAUUCUUUUGAAUCGAUCUUUGGAUUUUGUUUAUCCCAAAAAUCAUGAAUGUCACCCUCAUCUCAUGAGACAGACAUUCAUGAUUUGGCCUGUUUAGCUUGUGUUUGUUCUCAAAUGCUGCUGCUUUCUCUCUGAUCUAAACAUACAUACAAUCUCCCGCACCGCAGUUUCCAUCUCGGGAUCCAUCUAUCUACAUCCUUCAAUCCAAUCCAAUUCCCCUCUCGAUCUGUUUUCCAUCCAUCUUUCAAUUCAAUUGGGAGAUGCCAUUCAUCUCCUGAUAGAUAGAUCAAACAUAUUUAAUUUGAAGCUAAGGUUGUGGAUCGGAUCGGAAAACGAAAAUGGGCGGAUGUUGUACGUGCCAGAGGGUUCGGAUUGAGAGGUACGAUGGAUACAGAGCGGAAAAUGCGAAUUACAGAGUACAGCGAGAGGUUGAGGAUGAAUAUGAAUAUGACGAUGAUCAUGGAAUUGUGGGAAGAGCAACUUUUGGGGCAAACGUCAGGUUGCAUGGAUCCUCUAAAUAUGUCUCCAUGUUUUCUCAACAAGGUAAAAAGGGAAUCAAUCAAGACGCCAUGACCGUUUGGGAGAACUUCGGAGGGCAGAAAGAUUGGUACUUCUGUGGUGUUUUUGACGGGCAUGGACCCUCCGGCCAUAAGGUGGCGCGUUACGUCCGCGACGUCUUGCCUUCAAAGGUUUCGCUGUCAUUGAAAGGAAAUAAUUCUUGGGAUAGCAGCGCUGACAAUAAUCUCCAAGGCGGUGACGUUCAGAAUCAUCCAGUAUUUAUCAAGACCAAAUCCAAUAUAAUCAAGGCCUUUAAAGAUAUGGAUAAUGAAUUAGAAGGCGACUCUUCCGUUGAGACCUACAGCAGUGGCACUACUUCCAUUACUGUCUCUAAACUGGGUGAACAUUUGAUAAUUGGGAACUUAGGGGAUUCUCGUGCCGUACUCUGCACAACAGAUGAUGAAGGUGCACUUGUUCCUGAACAGCUCUCUGUCGAUUUGAAACCUAACCUUCCAAGUGAAAGGGAACGUAUCACAAGCUGCCAAGGAAGAGUAAUGGCGAUGAAGGAAGAGCCGAGUGUGUUCAGAGUGUGGAUGCCUAAUGAAGACUGUCCAGGGCUAGCCAUGGCAAGGGCUUUCGGAGAUUUCUGUUUAAAAGACUACGGUCUCAUCUCCACCCCGGAAGUGUAUUACAGAAAGCUCUCAGACAAAGAUGAAUUCGUCGUUUUAGCCACCGAUGGGGUUUGGGAUGUGCUGAGCAACGAGGAGGUGAUCAGGGUGGUUGCUUCCGCCAAGAAGCGGUCCGCGGCGGCGCAGCUGGUGGUGGAACGUGCGGUCCGGGCGUGGAAAACAAGGUACCCGUCUUCCAAGAUUGACGAUUGCGCAGUCGUGUGCUUGUUCUUCAAACGCCAGAGCUCAGCGCUGACAAAAUCCGCCUCGCAAAUCAUUGAUGAUGACACCUGCCCAACCAACGCCAAAACUGACGAUGGCCUUGAUACUGUUCUCGACUACAAGGUCAAAGACGACGACGCAAGCGAGCUACUGAUUUCGCCGGCCACAUAGUGGCGAUGCUGCUGAUUUGAGUGGAGACAGUUUUCUACAACUUGUUUAUAUCUGUUUGUGUGUAUAAUUUGGCUGUCAUUUCAUCAAACACUUGUCUUCUCCAACACACUGCUGAAACCUUUUAACCCAUUUAGGCUUUGAACAUUUGACAUCAUAGCAGAAAAUGGCCGGGAAUGUUCAAAUUUCAAAGGAGGAUUCAUAUGUAUUUAUGUUUCAAUGUAGUCGAUCCCACUUGACUAAAUCAUAUAAUGUUACCUUACCUAUUUGCAAGAAUUCUUUAUAUGGUA